AGUCCAUAGAGAGACAAGGCUCACUCCAAAGCUUGAAAGACAGAGAGAGAGUUACCUUGUUUCAGUUGGUUGAUGUCCAUACGAUGGGACAAGUCUUUGACAAGUUAGAGGUCUAACGUUGUGGCCUGUGACAUCAUUUGUGAUUUGAAGGCCAGAAUGUGUGAAGUUUAGAGUUUAAUUGUUUUGAUAUGCGAAAUGGGAGGACAAGGCUCAAGAGAGAUCACAGUGGGGGAAGACCAAUUAAUGUUUGGAUUUGGUUAUGUGAGUCAACUUGAGAUGUAGAAUAGAAGGAAAACCAAUUAAAAAGAGAACAAGGAGAAAAAAAUGACAGAUGGGAAUCAUGGCAAAAAGGAUAAGGAAGAGAAAGUAUUAGAGCACGAACAGUUGCAGUAAUUUUAGUAGCUCCAUCCAAGAAUUCACUAAUCGAUUGUUUCAAAGAGGUUGAUGACAACCAAAUCAAAGAUAGUUUGAGUUCUACUAGAAUAAGGUAAGGAGUGGAGGCAAAGGCAAAUAAGGAAGAUAACAGAUCGAGUUUUUGACAAAGUAAAGAAUCAAAUGGAAACUGAUAAGUUGAGUUUUGAAGAUCUGUAUAUUGCUGUUUUACUUGUGUACAAUGAUAUUAACAAGUAUAUACCUGGUCCCCAUUUUGACCCUCCAUCAAAAGACAAAGUCAGAGAAGUCAAACAGAGCUGUGAUAUCAACCUCGAUGGGGAUAUCGACCGUGAUGAAUUUUAUGAUUUCAUCAUGAUAAUGACAGCUGAUACAUUCACUUUUGUUAGCCAAAAACUUAUUGUCACUUUCGUUGUAGCACCAACAGUUGCAGUGGCAACAAAGAAGGCUACUGAAGGUGUUCCGGGUGUUGGGAAACUGGUGCAAAAGAUACCCAAUUCAGUUUAUGCUUCCCUUGUGACAAUUGCAGCUGUGUGGUUCCAAAAAAAGGCUCAGAGUUCUUCACUGUAGCCAUUGCUGAUCAUGUGUUUCACACGGAAUGAUAUAUAGAAUUCUCUUGAUUGUACAAAAAGGAUUAAACUGUUUCCAUAUUAGUUGAUAAAAAACAAUUGUUGUGUUUUACAUUUUGGACAAAAGAUCAACUCUUGAUUUUUCUGUCAGGUUAUGCUAUGCAUGUAAAUUAACUGUCUUCAAUAAAAUUGUAUUACAGUUCCUGUUCCUCAGAAGGAUAGAUAUGAACAAUUAUCUA